AUGCCGCUGAAGGUCGUGGUGGAGCUGCAGAUCCAUGCGGUCUCUUGUCCUGGUGUAUACUUGACAGAAAAGAGCGAUGUUUAUCUUCAUGUUUGCAUUCUGGGUCAGUGCAAGGAGACCAAUUGCCUUCCUCCCAUCUUCCCUCUCCUGUUUCAUGAGCAAAUGUGGUUUGAAAAGAUUUUUGAACAGGCUACAGAUCCAGUUGCUGUAGUAGAACUGCUAGAAAAGAAAGAACAGCUUGCAUUUUAUGAAGAGAACACUCGAGAUUUUCUGUUUCCAGAGCCCAAACUGACUCCUACAUAUCCUGGAGUGGACAGAGAGUUACUAAUGCACACACACCCUUCUUUCCCAGGCAUUGCUCCAAAAUUAGAGUUUUCCACAAGAACAACUAUUACAGAACUUCCACUUCUGGACAGAAGAUGGUAUCGUGGCAGAAAUAAAACCAAGUUACGAAGGGCUGCCUCUGCAUCACCCCGGCGACGAAGGAGCAUCUCACCAGCACGAUGUAAGGCGACAAAGCAUAAGAACUGUAGGAGAUUUACAAAAUCCUUACGCUCCCGCUCUCCAUCUCCAAGUCCAACAAGACAUCAUCUCCAUGAGCUCUGCAGAGAAAGCCAUCAGCAGCUAUCUCCUCUGAGUUCAAAGUUUGUUAAGUUCAAAGCAGAAACAGACUACAGGCCGCCUUUUGUAGUUAGACAUGUAGAUACUUCUAAAUCAUUUGCUGAACCAACUCUGUCACAGGGACCAUAUCGAAAUGUACGAGAAAGUGUGAGCCCAUCAAGAAAACCUCACAAACUUCAGUUGAAGCGAGCAUUAUCGUUUGAUAGCUGGAAAGCAGCAUGUCCAGAAGCUAAGGUGAUCAGAGAGCCAGAUGACCAGUAUACUUCGGAUCAUGUUUCAUCAUCUCUUAAAAUGAAGGAACCUGUCGCUUACUUAUGUGACACUCCUGAUUUUUGUCAUGAAGCUUCAUUUGCCUCCCCAACACAUUACCGGUCAGCGAGUCCUGGUGAGAGAUGGGCCUCUCCACAACACAGGAUAUAUUCCAGCCCCAAUCCCAGCUGGGAAGAGAUUAAUGAGAGAGUGAGGAAUCUCUUGACUUCAGAUGAGGCCAGACAGAGACUUUCCAUUGGAGCCACUGAUUUUGAAAUUGAUGAUGUCCUUGAAAGAAGGUCCAUCUCUCUGAGGAGUUCCCCACAGUGUGACUCAGUGGAACAAAGAUACUGCUUGUAGUAUCUCUAUCAUUGGCAAGAUUGAAUGCCGUGUCCUUGAAGACCCAUUGCUGACAAGAACUUUGUUCUAGAGCAAACGUAUAGAUGGUUCAUUUUCUGUGUGGUGUUAUGUCUAAAUUGGUUUGAAACAAGUCUCUGUAUUGAAUGGCUGUGCUGAUUAAAUCGUUGAUUUAUU